GGAGGCUGAUUUAUAUAUGCACAAAAUUCGCACAAGGACACACAAACCACUACAGUGUCCGUCGGCAAUCUUUGUGGUGAAUGUGAGCAGCAGCAGCCAAAAUGAAAUUCCAAGCUCUUUGCUUCCUCCUGCUCAUCCUCUGCACCACCCUGUGUGUGGCACAAGGGUCUUACGGCAACUGCUGCCUGGGCCACGUGCGCGGGAUGAGACCCACUGCCAAGUACAACAUUGAGAGCUACAGGAUGCAGGAAACAGAUGGAGACUGCAACAUCAGAGCUGUUGUGUUUGUGAUGAAGAAGAAGUCUGGACGCAAAAACCAGCGCACCGUCUGUGCCAACCCGGACAAGAAAUGGGUGCAGGACCUGAUGGAGGCUGUGGAUGUGAGGAUGUUGUUGGCCAAUUAGUAGAAAGAAAGCAAGAGGUGAGACCUGGUAUAUCGUUCUCCCCCAGCGCAUGGAUCCCAUUAGGCACUUGGACAUUUGCCAUUUCCUGUUGCUGACCAAGAAUGUAAAUCACAUUUUCUAUUUUAACAGUAAGUUUCACUGGUUGUGUUUGAAGCCUGCAAGGAAUGAGCCACUAUUCGGCAGCUUUUGAUUGUAGAUGUGAACCUCAUAUGUUCAUAUUCUGGCCAUAUUUCCACUUCUGAUGUCACAUUUAAGGUGAAAAAGGACACAAGAACGUCAUCAGUAACUGAGACGCCCAUAAAAAUGUGUAAUUUGCCAACCUGGCAUAAACAGGAGGACAUCACGCCAAAUGCCUCCCUCACAAGACAUGACACACUAAGCAACCGCACCGCUCUCACGUUACUAUAAAGGUACACAAAAGUACAGUAGUUAACUUAGGAGGAACUACUGUGUAGUGGUUAGGGUUAGGUACCGUAUUUUCCGCACUAUAAGGCGCAUUUAAAAGCUUUUAAUUUUCUCACAAAUCCACUGUGUGCAUUAUGUGUGCAUCUGUGAGUUGUUUUGGUAAACAAGCCAUUCAAUCCGCUUGAUUGAGUGUUGGACCAUUUCCUGCUGACACAGUGAUGUAAUACUACCCUGGCAAUAUCCACGUAUACAUGGACCCAAAUAUUCCAAUUGCAUUUGGUUUAUUUGCUCAAACGGAAAGAAUGUAAUCUUUGUAUACACCUCAUUCCGAAAGAAAAGUGCCAAUCCGAAUGAAUAUAUAAUCGGAUUACAUGGGUGGAAUAUUCCUUUCCCCAAUCCGAUUGAGGUAUCUUGUACCCGCUCAAACAAAAAGUUGUCAGGGUGCGUUCUUCUUCGUGGUGUUUUUCUUCUUCUGUUGUUUAUUGGCGGUUGACAAGCAGCUUUUGUGUGCAUUACCGCCAUCUGUGGAACAGAAUCUAAAUCUUUCUAUCAGGGGCGUCACUAGGUUCUGAGGACUACUACUAGUAGUAGUAUUAGUGGUAGGCUAAUAUUAGCCUGCUUAUUGGCUUGCUUAUUAGCCUGCUUUUGCCCUAUUAUAUGAAAUUUGUCAGAGAUUUUUUUUGUAAAAAAAAAAAAAUCAAUAAAAAAAAAUCAAUUAAAAAAUCAAAUUAUUUAGGGUGCUUAAAAACAUUUUAAGGGACCCCUAUUAUAUGAAAUUUGUCAGAGAUUUUUUUUGUAAAAAAAAAAAAUCAAUUAAAAAAAAAUCAAUUAAAAUAUCAAAUUAUUUAGGGUGCUUAAAAACAUUUUAAGGGACCCCUAUUAUAUGAAAUUUGUCAGAGAUUUUUUUUGUAAAAAAAGAAAAUCAAUUUAAAAAAAAUCCAUUAAAAUAUCAAAUUAUUUAGGGUGCUUAAAAACAUUUUAAGGGACCCCUAUUAUAUGAAAUUUGUCAGAGAUGUUUUUUGUAAAAAAAAAAAAAUCAAUAAAAAAUAUGACCAGUCCAGGGUGUACCCCGCCUCUCGCCCAAAGACAGCUGGGAUAGGCUCCAGCACCUCCGCGACCCUCGUGAGGAAAAGCGAUAGAAAGUGAAUGAAUGAAUGAAUAAAAAAUAUCAAAUCAUUUAGGGGGCUUAAGAACAUUUUAGGGGGACCCUAUUAUAUGAAAUUUGUCAGAGAUUGUUUUUUGUAAAAAAAAAAAAAUCUAUUAAAAAUAUGAAAUUAUUUAGGGGGCCUUAAGAAAAUCAUUUUCUUAAAUGAAGCCCCCCUAAAAUAGGCCUAAUGACGCCACUGCCUUCUAUACUUUUAUAUACAUUUUUGAUGCAAACUAAAUUUCAAGACUAGAUGAACGAAAAACUCGUAAUACGGAGUUAUUCCAACAAGUGAAAGAAAAACUCGGGGAAGUCGGUAUCACGUGAUGUUGAUGUUUACGCUUUACUGCGCAUGCCCCAUUAACUAUUCUGUUUUAUUAUGGCGGCGCAUGUAGACAAGAGAUUGGAAUAUUCCUUUCCAUGUAUACCAUUGUUUUCGGAAAAGUCAUUCGGAAAGAUUCCAUUCGGAAAGAGGAAAAACUCCUCAUGUAAACAUGGCUAUUGCUAUUGUUGACAACGAGACCGACUUUGCCCAGCUGUUCAAUUCAGAUACAGAAGAUGAGGACUUUGGUGGAUUUGUGGGAGAAUAUUCAUUAAAAAUACUCUGUGUAUUGUUUUGGUGUGUAUAUUGUUAAAUAUUAGAAUAAAGUUCACUUAACUCAA